CUUUUUCUUAAAAAAGAACACGUUAGCCUUCCUCUGUGAUGGAGAAUCUCAGUUUACCUUGCGCAAGACGCCUAUAGAAUAUCAAAUGUGUGAACGCACCUACCCUGGGGUGAACCCCGCUUGAGGUUACUAUUCGUGCAGUCGAAGACUUUCCGUAUAUUCGGCUUGUUCACGAUUGUGCUGUUUAGUCCAAAGGCAGUUUUGACUAGUCUGAAAUCUUGGUUCGUGUUUAGUGUUUUGAAGAACAUGCACUCCGAAGUUCCGAGGGAUUGGAGGGGAUGAAAUGGCAGAGAAAUAAGUAAAAGUCUUGCCGUGCGUUUUGCCUUUCGUGGUAUAUGCUCGUUUACUAGUUUCUGCAAUAAAUGUGGGUUACAAUGGUUAGUUUUCCCAGUCUUGUGCGAAUUGAGCGCAAACAGUUUUCUUUUGCGCGUGUUGGGUUUGCUACUGGAUCCCAGUAAAUUCCCCUCAUCCCCAUGAAUGUUCAAACACAGGGAUAAUUGGGGAGGCGUGGAUUUCUCUCGAUUUCUUUUCCUGAUAUCGUUGAACUGCCCCUGCAAUCACAUCCUCAUUUGGGGAGUGCUGGGCUGCAGAUGCUUUUUGUCAGUCGUUUAUCAGUUCAAAUAAACUGGAAUGAGAUCGAUCGCUUCCCAAUUAUUGACGAACAGCUUUCCUAGCAGAGAGUCGGAUCAAUAACCUGAACAAGAAGAAACUUCGCUGGACAAAACCUACGCUGCUUUCCGCUCAAAUUUUAGACGUGAAUAUAAAACACUAGAAUUGCUUUUUUGUUUCAGUGCGAAGCGGUUUGUUCAAAACCUAUAUAAAUUUCAGAUAACUGAAAGGAAGAAACUUAACACUGGAGUUUCCAAAAAAAACUUUCCAGCCAAAAAAACCUAAUGAUUUCAGUAAUUUCACAAAAUAUCUUUAAUAAUUCCAGCGUUCGACUCAGCCACGGAAGCACUUGAUCCGAGCAGUAAAAGUUUAAUGGAUCUUGUCAUUUAUUUCUCGAAACAAAAAUUGGAAUCUACAAUAACAUAUUUCGAUCAAAGGGACUGAAGUUUAGAGAUAAAUGAAUGUGAUUUUAAAAUUAAUAAUGAUAUUUGCAAGAUUUAUAAAGCAGUCUUUGAAACCUAAAACGCAGCUUUGUGUGCCAAAAUUGAAAUGUUAACUAAACAAUCGGUCAGUAUUAGCCUGGAGCUUCAUGUACGUACGAAUGUUAUAUUUAAAUAUCUGAAAUUAAGGCGAGCAUUUUUCUAACUGACAUUUAGUUUCUCCUGACUCUCAGACUUGUGUAAUUGCUUUAUCCUUUUAACAAAUUUCGAAAUAUUAUUUAUCGUCGAAACGGCUGGAUUAUUCAUAUCCCUCUUUAUCCUCCAUGCAAAUAUAAAUUAAGAUUUUAACGUCUCAUUGCAUAAUCUCAUCGCAAGAGUCUUGAAAAUGUUUCCUUUAAGAUUAAUCCAGCGGGAGAGCAUGUCGCUGUAAAUGUAAAGUAUGGCUCAGCAAGAAAACCUAAAGCUGGAAACAGCAAGAUCCACUGUUCAUUCUAUUUGAGCGCAGAGUCACUCACAUCUCACCAGCUUGUCCUGGAUGUACAGUGAAAGUGGAACUGUUAACGUCCUGAAUAAGUUUGGAAACUUGCGGACAAGAACAAAGUAUUUAAACGAAAAUUUCCGAACAACCCCAAUUACAAUAAACAUUAUAUUUUCAAACUAUUCAUUAUUUUGCAUUCAUACAGUUUAGGAGGUGACGAGAGGAAGGGUUAAGUACAAUUUGCAAUAAAUAACUUACCACCAUCGUUGAAACACGCUUCAUUGCAAACUGUAGCAGGAGAGCAUCAGCCUUAACACGUUACAAAUACUGUAUCAAAUAUGAAAGUAAAUGCCCGUUGUUCGAAAUCCCACGAGUCUCAAAGUUGCAGGGCCGGGCCCUAUAUGAGAUUAAUGAUGUUUUUUUUAAUAAACAGUUCGACUCUAUAGCUUUGUUUCAUUUCCAUCAAGCAGAAAAUUAAUCAGAACAAGUGCAGCAGGGAUGAGGGAGAAAGCGUUCUUCGCCAUCCCAGUUUUUGCAGCGUCCUGUAAUUAAGGAACGUGUGCCACCCGGAUUAUCUCGUUAAUUUAUCAAGAAAACAUUUAUUAUAAUUAAUUCUCGGCCGCAUGCUCGGCGGGGUAAUUACGAUCGACCGAAUGCCGAGCAACUGGUAGAUAGGAUUCUUUCAAAAAGUGACAGAUUGUGCUGAGAAGCCGACAGACUCGACCCGCUCUCUAUAUAACUGGCUGCACUUCUCUACCAGUCGGCAAGAGAAGCAAUUUCCCUGUGGCUUCAGCCUUGCAGCGAGGGCCAGUGGGAUCGGCCGGGAGUGGAAGGCUGCAACUUGCAAUCCAUUUUGUUCGAGUAGAUUGCUUUGUAGGCUUAAACCGAGGCCUUUCUGCAAACUCAAUCGGGGACCCAAGGACCCGGACUCCGGAUUUUUCUCUCGUUUCUCACAAAUUUGCUCUUCAAACCAACCUUAGCAUGAUGUCUUAUCUCAAGCAACCUCCAUACACAGUGAACGGCCUGAGCCUGACUACAUCGGGCAUGGAUCUGCUUCACCCCUCGGUCGGCUACCCCUCUACUCCGCGGAAGCAGCGGCGAGAGAGAACCACUUUUACCCGGGCGCAGCUGGACGUCCUGGAGGCGCUUUUUGCUAAGACCCGCUACCCGGAUAUCUUCAUGAGGGAAGAGGUGGCUCUUAAAAUCAACCUGCCCGAGUCCAGAGUGCAGGUUUGGUUCAAAAAUCGUCGAGCGAAGUGCCGCCAGCAGCAGCAACAGCAGCAGAAUGGAGGGCAGCAUAAAGUCCGACCCAGCAAAAAGAAGAGCUCGCCAGCCCGGGAGCCGAGCUCGGAGAGCGGAGCGAGCGGUCAAUUCACACCUCCCUCCAGCACCUCGGUGACGGUCAUAUCGAGCAGCAGUGCCCCGGUGUCGAUUUGGAGCCCUGCGUCCAUUUCUCCGAUCGCCCCCGAUUGCCUGUCCACGUCCUCGUCCUGCAUGCAGCGCUCCUACCCCAUGAACUACACCCAGGCCUCGGGUUACACGCAGGGAUACGCCGGAUCCACGUCCUAUUUCGGGGGAAUGGACUGCAGCUCGUACCUGUCCCCGAUGCAUCACCAACUCCCCGCCCCAGGGACGGCGCUCAGUCCCAUGGGCACUAAUGCAGUCACUGCAGGCCACCUCAAUCAGUCUCCGGCCUCCCUCUCUGCCCAGGGCUAUCCAGCCGGCGGAUUAGGCUUUAAUUCCACCGAUUGCUUGGAUUAUAAAGACCAAACGGCUUCAUGGAAACUCAACUUUAAUACUGACUGCUUGGAUUACAAAGAUCAAACGUCUUCGUGGAAAUUCCAAGUUUUGUGAAGUGAUGGGACUCUCUUUGAAAUUGGACAAAUCAUUCCAAUGUUAAACCUUUGGAAUGAAGAGCACAGGACUUACCGUCAUUCCAGUUCUUGUAGCCAACCAUCCGGUUAAACUUUUGGAAUGGACAGGACGAUAUUUGUAAUCAUUCCAAAUUUAGCCAUUUUUUAGUUGGCCUGUAGAGAAAAAACAAAAGGACCAUCAGGGCUGUGUGAAUUAUGCGAUAGGUGUCAUAGAUGCACUACUUUAUUUAAAAAGAAAAUGUUUAUAAGGGUUCCAUAUGUAGUUCUGAGAGACAAUCAAUGUGUGUCUUAUAUCAGUGGUACAUCUGUGUUUUUAUUUGUGCUAGACUCAAAGCAAGUAUGAUCUGCUGUACUGUAUGCAAGUGUGUGAACCCUUGUCGCUGUUGAACUCGAGCGGUGGGGGAGGGGUGGGCAUGGUUGUGCUGUUGUUAAAAUGGAGCUAAAUUCUGUUGGAAUAGGUACCCACCAUUGUUUGAAAGGAGCGCCUUCAAACAUAAGCUGAACUGUGAAACUUCGUGACUCUGGCUGCAUAUUUCACACGGGCGCUAAAACUAUUUGUCCUUAUGAACCCAAUAGCUUAAAAGAUGGCUGGUUGUAUUGACCCCACUGAGGGUCAGGUGCUCAGAAGUUGGUUCUUUUGUUUGCAGGUGUUAAUAGAGUAAUAUAUAUGCAUAAACAUCAACCAUUCUGGAGUCCACAGAUACGGACGACUACUUUAACGUCAAUAUAGCACAAUUUUGAUUUGUCUUCCACGGCUAAAUCUGAAACAAUAUUCAAUAAAGUGGAAAUCCUGCAGCUCGAUGGCACUUAGUGGGUGUGUACAAAAUUGCACGACUUCGAGUCUGCCAUUAGGGUCCAUUAGUUUACCAAAUAAUGUGAGUUCAGGAAUUUCAUUCCCUCCCCCCGCUUGCCCACCCCGCCCCCCACCCCUUCAUUCCCAUCAUAAGACAUGAGGGUGAGAAUGUGCUUUUAUAGCUUGCAGCCAAUCUGUCAGAGUGGCGAAAAUUUGCACUGUACCACGUCUAUUUUCAUUUUGUUUUUUUUUUCAUUUUAGAGGCACAGAUAUAAGCUGUUAUGUUUAUAAGUUUUAAAACGAGAAGAAAACAAAUUCUUGUAGCAACUGAUGCACAAAGGAUGCCUGACUUAGAGUGUGUGUAUACAUAUAUCAUAUAAUAUAUACAUACUCCAACCUGCAACUUCUGAAGCUAAACAAACGCUAGGCGCUUUACUUGUCUAUUUUCCUUGAAAGUUCUGAAAUUUUAUCGAUUUUUUUAUGUACAGGAUACUUUUUGUAUUUCUUCUUAGUGUAAAAAUGACGAGGCUUGAUCUGGAUUCCAGUCUCUACGACCUAUUUUCCUUUUUAUUAGGUAUUGUAAGUGUUUUCAAUGUAAAUGUAGGUAAGAUAUAAAAUGAUUCAUAAAUUGUGCUUUUUACACGUGAACUUUUGUCCAUUUCAGAUAUUUAUUGUCCAAUUAAUUCAUAUAAAUAUUCGGUUAUGUACAGUGCUUAUUUUAUGAUAGAUAAAAGGUCUUGUGAAAUUUCGAUC